AUGACAUCGUACUCCAAGGAGAGUUUCAGAAAGGGUAGGAAUCCUUGGGUGCACAUUGCCUCGUAUCUAGGAAAGUACCUUUCGCUCAAGAAUGAAUGUCAACUGAUGAAUUUCGUCAAUGACAUCUCCGAAAGGAUUGCUGCUGAAGCUUCACGACUCUCUCACUACAACAAGAGGUCGACCAUCACCAGUCGGGAAAUCCAGACUGCUGUGAGGCUCCUUCUUCACGGUGACUUGGCCAAGCACGCCGUUUCAGAAGGAACCAAGGCUGUUACCAAAUACACCAGCUCCAAAUAA